AUGUCCUGCAGCGCCAGGGGCUGCAGCUGCUGCUGCGGGGGCGGAUCCUCCCGCUGCACCACUGCCUGUCCUGCUGCUGCUGCUGCUGCCAGCAGGCACUGCAGCGCCAGCUGCAGCAGCAGCUGCAGCAACACCAUGCGGCCGCGCCGCCGCAAGGACGGGACAGCCCUCAUCUUUCCUACUCGCCUGGACUCGCCAACUGUUGCCGGUGGUGCUGCUGCUCCUGUUGCUGCUGCUGCUGUCGCUGGUGCUGCUGCUGCUGCGCCCGCUGCUG